UCCGAGCGAUAUUUUUGGGUAAAUACAAUCACGUGAGGCGCGGGCAGCCAAUGGCGCGGUGGGAACGGGCUGGAAAAAAUAAUUACCUGCCCUGAUUGUUCUUGUGAGCGGAUAAAAAGUACACAUAGACUUCAUCCAAUAAUCCGAUGAAUGUAAAACAGGGGCCGAGUCAGCCAUGUCGGCUUCGGGCCCCAUCAGCAAUUACUACGUGGAUUCUCUGAUCGCGCACGACAGCGAGGAGCUGCUGGCGCCGCGUUUCGCCGGCGCGGGGCCCGCUCGCCCCGCGGGUUUGGUCCCGGAGUGCGGCGAUUUCCCCGCCUGCAGCUUCGCCCCCAAAGCGCCCGUGUUCGGCUCCUCCUGGGCGCCGGUGGCAUCGCAGCCGCCCGUGCCUUACGCGCACCCGGGCGGGCAUUACGCGCCUCAGGCGGCCGAGCCGCGCUACGUGCGGAGUUGGCUGGAGCCGCUCGCCGGCGCCGUUUCGUUCCCCGCGUUCGGGGCUCGGCCCUACGGGCUCAAAGCGGACGCGUUCGCUCCGCGGAGAGCGGAGUGCGGCCCCGCCGAUGCGCGCGCCUACGCGGAUUUCGUGUACGCGGCUCCCGGGGAGCUGCGAGACAGAGCGGCGCAGACAAUCCCGUCCUCCCCGGAGUCCGAGGCCAUCGCCGCCGGCAAACACAAAGAAGAAAAGCACGAAUUAGACCCCAGUAAGUCCAAGUCAUUCUUGUUUACGACCGCGGAAGGCAUUUCGGCUUCCAGGAGCCCACUCAAUAAAAUGAAAUUACCUCAGAGAGGAGAGGAGAGGGACAGAGAGAGAGCGCGACCCUAAAACUCCCAAAAUCCCGGCCCCCGCCCGCUCCGCACUUUGUUCCGGGGCUCUUUAUUUUUAUUUUUAUUUUUCAUUUAUUUUUCUCGA